CGUCGGUCGGUUGCGCGGACGCCGCACGCGCGCGGUCGUGACAUGACGCAUGCUUGUUGAUAUUUUUUGCUACUGAUUUAGUAGCCCACGGACCUAGACGGCCAGCUUCAGUCCACCACCGGAUCUCCUACUACGUGCAUAUAUACCGCCGCGUCCACCACACGUCUCACUCCCGCGCGACAUUCUUCAGUGACCGCGUUUAACGAAUCAAUAAACAUCCAACAUGCCGAAAAGUUGUUGUAAUUGUCGUGCGAAAGACUCUCCGGACUCCCCUGAGUUUCCAGAGCCAACAAUGCAAACGAACGGUAACAUUGACCCGGCAACAUCUUCAGGAACCACAAGUGACAGUGCGAAUGAAAAACAAAAUUCAGUGAAAAAGAACAACCUUAAAUUAAAACUUCCCCAUCGAUUAAGAUUAAUGAACUAUAAAACUCUGACUGAAACUGAAGACACUCUACAUGAAAAACACAUCCCUGCCGGUAAAACAGUAUGCUCGGAGUCAGUGUGUCUCUCCAGUAUAAUGGGGAUCACAGGCCGCGGGGACACCCCCCGGACCCCGGAUGAAUGUUUCCAUGAAGCUGACACCUUCCUUAAACAAUACUACGCUUCAGUCAAUAAGAAAAAUUCGGAAGCUCACCUCAAGAGACUAGCAGAAGUUAAGAAAGAAAUUUAUGAUACAGGUGCUUACCAAAUCAAACUUUCUGAACUCGUGUAUGGUUCCAAAAUGGCUUGGCGCAAUGCACAGCGAUGCAUCGGUAGGAUUCAGUGGAAGAAAUUACAAGUAUUUGACUGCCGGGAAGUGACAACCGCCAGGGGAAUGUUCGAGGCUCUAUGUACACAUAUCAAAUAUGGAACAAAUAAAGGAAAUAUCAGGUCUGCGAUAACGAUAUUCAAGCAGCGGACGGAUGGCAAGCAUGACUACAAGAUCUGGAACCCGCAGCUGGUGGGCUACGCUGGUUACAAGCAACCUGAUGGCACUGUCCUCGGUGACCCUGGGAGAGUCGAGUUUACUGAUGUGUGUUUAAAACUGGGUUGGAAUCCGCCUCGAACGGAGUGGGACAUAUUGCCGUUGGUGCUGUCCGCUGAUGGCAAGGAUCCGGAAGUCUUCGACAUUCCUCGUGAUAUUAUCCAGGAGGUGCACUUCGAGCAUCCAAAAUACGAGUGGUUCAAAGACCUUGGGCUCCGCUGGUACACCUUGCCGGCGGUAGCCAACAUGCGGUUGGACUGUGGAGGCCUGGAGUUCACCGCUGCGGCCUUCAACGGCUGGUACAUGAGCACUGAGAUCGGCUGCCGGAACCUUUGCGACUCCGGGCGACGGAAUAUGCUCAAACCAGUAGCGGAGAAAAUGGGUCUGGAUACCAGCAACAACCUGUCUUUAUGGAAAGACAAGGCGCUGGUUGAAAUAAAUCUGGCUGUGGUGCACAGCUUCAUUAAACAGAACGUGUCAUUAGUAGACCACCACACUGCGUCCGAACAGUUCAUGCAGCAUUUGGACAAUGAAAAUAGAACUAGGGGCGGUUGUCCUUCCGAUUGGAUCUGGGUUGUGCCUCCGAUGUCUGCGUCAAUCACGGACGUUUUUCAUCAGGAAAUGGCGUUGUACUAUAUCAGACCUUCCUAUGACUAUCAAGAACCCGCAUGGAAUCUUUACAAAUUUGAUAAGGAUGAAGACAACAAAAGACCACCCAAAAAGUUCAGCUUCAAGCAAGUCGCUCUAACCGUGAAGUUGACAUCCAAACUGUUCAAAAAUGCCCUCUCUAAGCGCAUUAAAGCGACAAUCUUGUAUGCCACAGAAACUGGCAAAUCUGAACGUUUUGCUAGAGACUUAGGGUUAAUUUUCGGACACGCAUUCAACACUCAGGUGCAAUGUAUGUCAGAGUACGAUCUAGUCUCUAUCGAACAUGAAACCCUUCUGAUUGUCGUCACUUCUACAUUUGGUAAUGGAGAGCCGCCAACUAACGGCGUGCCUUUCGCCGACUACCUCUUCGAAAUGUUGUACAAAGAAAAAGGAAGCGAUCAAACUGGCAUUGCUGACUCUCCUGGACAUAACAAAAUGCCAACACCGAGGUCUUUGAUGAGGACCAACAGUAUGAUGACUCCUAGCAACGAAUACAAGAGGCAGCUAACACGACUGGAGUCGAACAAAAGUACCGGCACGGUAAAGUCUACAGCGGAUGGACCACUUAAUAAUGUUUGUUUCGCGGUAUUUGCGCUAGGCUCCAGCGCUUACCCGAAAUUCUGCAAUUUCGGAAAGACAGUAGACAAGGUCCUUAACGACCUAGGAGGCGAGAGAAUUCAUGAGGUUGGUUUGGGAGAUGAAUUGUAUGGCCAAGAACAAUCUUUCCGUGACUGGGCUUCGGAAAUAUUUAAAGAUGCGUGUGACAGAUUCUGUCUGGAUGAAAAUGAUGGAAAGCAAGCUAUAGCAGCAUUGCCGUUAACUGAAGAAACUGUCAGAUUCGGUAAAGCAACUAAAGCCGUUCCGUUGAAACAAGCUUUAGAAUUCCACACUAAGAAACAACUAGUAACUUGUGUUGUGAACGAAAACAAAUAUCUAGGAGACGUCACAGAAGAUAAAAUGACAAUAUUUGUUGACAUGAAACCCGAAGCUAAAAUAAAAUAUGAUCCUGGUGAUCACGUUGGAGUAAUACCUUGUAAUAGAAAAGAUAUAGUAGAUGCAGUAUUAGCACAGUGUAAGGAUGUGGAUGAUAGCGACAAACUCGUGCAACUACAACUUCAGAAAGAACAUCUUACGCCUACUAGUGUUGUCAAAGUCUGGGAGAACCACGAUAAAAUACAAGCUGUGACACCCCGUGAUAUGUUUACUCGAUUUCUAGACAUCACAACGCCACCAUCAACCAAAAUUUUGAAAUACCUCCUCCAAAUUUGCAUUGACCAAAAAGAAAAAGAUAAACUUAAUGAACUAAUCACACAACCCAAUAAAUACGACGACUGGCGAUACUUUGAUUACCCACAUCUAGCAGAAGUGCUGGCCAUGUUCCCAUCGUGUAAACCGAAGGCUGCGUUGCUGGCCGCUCUUUUGCCCCCAUUACAGACGAGAUACUAUUCCGUUUCUUCAACGCCACUUGCACACGGGAAUAGUAUACAUCUAACUGUGUCAGUUGUGGUUUAUAAGACCCAAAAAGGAAAAGGUGUCAAACACUAUGGAGUAUGUUCAAAUUAUCUUAAAGAUUCGACUAAAGGCCAGGAAUUGCUGGUAUUCAUGAAAAGUGCAAACAGUUUUCACAUGCCCGAAGAUAUAACAGCACCAAUUCUACUCGUGGGGCCAGGGUCCGGUAUAGCACCUUUCAGAGGCUUCUGGCACCAAAGGAGUGUCCAGAAGAAGAGUCUCACACCAAACAUGAAACAGCCAGGACCAAUGUGGCUGUUCUUUGGUUGCCGAACUAAAGGAAUGGACUUGUAUAAAGAAGAGAAACAACAAAUGAUGCAAGAAGGAAUUCUCACCAAGUCUUUACUUGCGCUCUCUAGAGAACCAAAUGAAACUAAGCAACAUGUGCAAGAUUUAUUAGAAAAGGAAGGCGCCAAUAUAGCACGUAUAUUACUGCAAGAAGGUGGUCACUUCUACGUAUGUGGAGACUGCAAAAUGGCAGAAGACGUGCAACAGAGGUUAAAGAACCUUCUCAAAAAAUACGCUGACAUGACGACAGAGGAAGUAGAUGAUUACAUUCUUGAAUUAAUGGAUGCAAAUCGUUAUCACGAAGACAUAUUUGGCAUUACUUUGCGCACCUCAGAGGUUCACUACGAGUCGGUGGAGAAAGCUUUUCGUCAACGAGUGUCGUCGAUAACAGAACACUAAGUUAUAUUUUGGGUCUGUUUUAUCACGUAGUUAUACACUUUCUAUCCGCCAGAUAAGUACCUGAUAGCGGUAAUGCUACCUGCUAGAAAAGUUCUAGGUAAUCUACCAAAAUUGAAAAGUGGUGAAUCAUGCUUUUAAAAAUAAGAAAGAAAGAAAGAAAGAAACAUUUAUUACUUCCGGACACCACAGACACAGACAGACAGGUGCAUUACAUUUAACACAGGACAGAAACCACACGGAAAUCAAUAAAUACACAGAAAAAAAAACCAAAACAAAAAGAAAAACAAACCAAAAUCAUAAAAACAAUAAUAAUAAAACUAAGUAUUCUAAAUGCAACGCACUGACGGUCCGAUCAUCUGCGGUGGAGUCCGGAAUAAAAGGACCUCGCUCAGCAUAAAUAACAGUAUUGCACAGUAUUGGGACUGAAAAAUCUGAAAUGAACCUUUGGAAUUACCUGUCUUUAUUUUUAAGUUUUUGUUUAAGGAUUCUAUUAGUGGUAUAAAUGAGUCCAACAAUCGUUAUAAUACUGUUUGUUUCGAAAAUCUGGAUUUUAGAUUUAGUAGAGAUUCCCAGAAUUACGAUGCAGACGAAUGUUGGACUUAUACACACAUACGUCAUAUACACACAUUCACUCGUAAAAACAUUAAAUUGGAAUGAUUUUUUGUUAAUGUUGAAGGAGUGCAUUAUUUAUUGUCUGGAUUUGAUUUAAAUAAAUUUCACAACGGGAUCA